AUGCUUCCCCGGCAAUUACAAGCGAAAGUCGAUGAUCGUUUUGAAAGAUUAGUUUCAAAGAUAGAGCAGUCGGCUAAAACUGGCCAGGUAUUUACCACCAGUGAGUUCGAAGCUGCUUUGGAAGAUGAUCUUCCCAUGUGUGGAGAGUACGGUGAUACCGACUUGCGUACGUUUUAUCUUAUUUUAGUAUCCUCUGAUGUUGCACAAGAUUAA